AUGUCAUUUAUACCCCACCCAAAUGCUGACGAGUUACAGCGCGAGAGAUCUCGCUCUCCCCGACGUGGUCGUUCGAGGAGCCCAGGACGCACAGGCCGCCGUCGAUCAUAUUCACCGCGUAGCCGGUCUCGAAGCCGGGACGACUAUCGUAGAUCGGACAGACGAUCGCGAUCUCCCAUGACCGGAGCUGGGGCACCAGUUGGAGGAUCAGGCUCGGGCUACGGAGGACCCCCUCAAAGAUCUUACGAAGAGCGUGCAGCUGCGCGGGAACAAAUGAUGAAUAACAUUCGCGAGACGUCGCAGCAGGACCGCCGUGUCUAUGUGGGCAAUCUGUCCUAUGACGUUAAAUGGCACCACCUCAAAGAUUUCAUGCGCCAGGCUGGAGAAGUUCUCUUUGCCGAUGUUUUAUUACUUCCGAACGGGAUGUCUAAGGUGGGCUUCUACACAAUUGUGGAAUAUGCUACAAGGGAGCAAGCACAAACAGCUGUUCAGACUCUCAGCAAUCAGAACCUGAUGGGCCGACUCGUUUACGUCCGUGAAGAUCGCGAAGCGGAACCACGAUUUAUCGGCGCAACCGGAGGCCGCGGAGGCUACGGUGGCGGCGGAAUGCAAGGCGGCUAUAGUGGAGGUGCAGGAGCCGUUGGCGCAGGUGCAGGCGGCGGCGGCGGCGGGGGUUAUGGUGGCGGUGGUGGUGGUAUGCCUGGUGGUGGCAACCGCCAGAUAUACGUGUCCAACCUUCCAUAUACCGUGGGCUGGCAAGAUCUCAAGGACCUGUUUCGCCAGGCAGCUCGAAACGGUCAAGUUAUACGAGCCGAUGUUCAUUUAGGUCCAGAUGGAAGACCUAAAGGGUCUGGGAUUGUCAUGUUCGAGCAUCCCGAAGACACGCGCAAUGCUAUACAACAGUUCAACGGUUUCGAAUGGCAGGGUCGUUUACUCGAGGUACGCGAGGACCGCUUUGCCCAUCAAGGGUUAGGAGGAGGCUAUGGCCGUGGAGGCUUUGGAGGCCGCGGCGGCUUCGGUGGCUCGUACGGAGGCCGUGGAGGUUUCGGCGGUCGCGGAGGCUUUAGCGGCGUUGGUGGUGGUGGCGGCGGCGGCGGCUAUGGAGGACGGGGAGGCUACGGUGGGCCUCCUAGUGGCGGUGGUGGUGGUGGUGGUGGAUUUGAUACCACGACUUCUGCCCCAGCAGCUCCGAACCCGUUUACUGAUUUUGCUACCGCUGGCACUGACCCAAGCGAGAUCAUCUAUGUUCGAAAUCUUCCCUGGUCAACCAGCAACGAGGACCUGAUUGAACUAUUCACUACGAUUGGCAAAGUCGAACAAGCUGAAAUUCAAUACGAGCCGAGUGGGCGAUCCCGUGGGACGGGCGUUGUUCGCUUUAACGAUGCCCAAACCGCAGAGACUGCCAUUUCGAAGUUUCAAGCCUAUCAUUACGGCGGACGACCUCUCGGUCUAAGCUACGUCAAAUACGUUACCCCGGGCGGUGGUGACAGUAUGGAGACCGAUGCGCAUGGUGGUUUGACCCAAGAUCAGAUCAUGUAG